AUGGAUCGGAGGCCGGUCUAUGAGAGGACUCUUAUUGAGUCCGAGCUGCUCGAGCAGCUCCCGAGUGGAAUCUCGACUUUCAUUCGGACUGCAUCGGGGACUCAACACCUCCAUGCGCUUGCGCUUGGCGCAUUAAACAACGAAUUUACCGAGAGCAUUUUCAGGCUCUACGAACCGAUUUUUGUCGAUAUUGCAGCUCGAUGGCUUCAAUCGGACUUACAUGCCGACUACAUUCAUGUAUUAGCGGCCUUUGCGCAGAUUUUACCAUUUGCGCCGCAUCUACGGUCGCUUGCCAGUCAAUAUGCCUCAUCACAGACUGGACCUUUGGCGGCCUUGGCCAUGUCAAAAGAAUUAACAUUGCUACAGUUGGACCAACAUAGCAUUCGACUUCUACUCCUCGCCCUAUUCCGACUUCUUUCUUUUGAUCUUGAAACCUUCUCCCCCAUCGUUUCACCGCUUCAACUUCAGUCCCUGUUUCAAUCUCAAGACCAAGUGACACGAUAUCUUGCCGUACGAUGCUUUGCCUUAUAUAUGCAUGCAGCAGAUGCGGCAACUGAGAAGAUGAUCCGCGUCAACACUGGAACCGAUCCCAUACAAGGAGAGUGGGAAGGCACUAUGAUUGAUUAUCGCCUGCUAGGAUUAUGGGAAGAGAGGCGAUGGGAAAGUCUUGGAAAAACUAUUCAGAACGAGAGAUCUUCUAGGACAGAAACCGACACUCUGGCAUUGGUCGAGAGGACACGGGAAUAUUUCACAACUAAGACGGCAGAGAUCUGCGGAGUGUUGAUUCCCAGAUUGAAAGAUACGCCCCCGGCUUCUUCGUCUGUCGUCAAGACUGAGACCACAGUUGAAAACUUGCGCCGUAUUGCAGGGUCACUACUCGGAGAUAAACCCAUUCUGCUGGUCGGUUUGCCCAACUCGGGGAAAACCUCCUUGAUUAACGACAUAGCCGCCACCAUGGGCCAAGCUGAAUCCAUGGUUACGCUUCACUUGAACGAGCAGACGGAUGCAAAGAGUUUGCUCGGAAUGUAUGCCACUUCAUCUGCCUCGGGAGCAUUCUCUUGGCAGCCUGGUGUAUUGACCAAGGCUGCACGCGAAGGCCGCUGGGUGUUGAUCGAAGAUCUUGAUCGCGCUCCCUCUGAAGUAAUGGGCCUUAUUCUUCCGAUCAUUGAGAGAGGAGAGCUUACUAUUCCUAGCCGAAGGGAGCGGAUCAAGUGUGCGGAAGGCUUCAAAAUCAUUGCAACCAUGAAGUCCUCGUACAACAUUGCUGGCGAGGAGAUUGCACCAAGCACUUCAAUGCUUGGAAGCAGACUCUGGGAAAGAGUGCAAGUCAAGUCUCUUGUCGUAGAUGAGAUGCGUGAUGUUAUCCUGCAAAAAUUCCCCUUGCUCGAGUCUCGUGUGCCAACCAUCAUGAACGUUUACGCACGAGUAUGCUCUGCAUUCCAUGGAAGCCUUGCGAUUAAGGGCUCCCAAGGUCGUACCCCGGGCUUCCGUGAUUUGAUCAAGUUGUGUAGCCGCCUGCAUAAUCGUCUUCAACGCAUGGGUGCGAAGACCGGCUAUGAGCCAACGUCCGAGGGCACCGAGGAUGAAAUAUUCCUGGAUGUUGUUGACGUAUUCCUCAACUAUCUGCCCGAGAAGUCGAUGCAGAGCACUCUUGCUGCCGUUGUGGCUGAAGCGCUUCAGAUCUCCCCCCAGCGCGCACAAUACUGCCUCGAAGAACGAACUCCAUCUUAUACCGACAAGAAUAACAGCCUUGUUCUUGGCCGAGAGACAUGUAACAAGAUUAAAGUACCGAGUGGAUCUGCAUUGAAGCUAGCCGCAGCAGCUUCACGAUUUGCUCCUACUCGAGCGGCAUUGUCCCUUAUGGAGCAGGUUGCCGCUUCAAUUCAGAUGGCAGAACCUGUUUUGCUCGUCGGAGAGACUGGUAUCGGAAAGACCACCGUCAUUCAACAUCUUGCGACUUUGAUGCGCCAGAAGCUUACGGUAGUGAACUUGUCACAACAGAGCGAAAGCACUGAUCUGCUGGGCGGGUUUAAACCCGUCAGCAUUCGUACAAUGGCGGUUCCAAUGGUGGAUGAGUUCACCCAACUGUUUGAACUGACUUUCUCAGCCAAAAAGAAUCAAAAGUUCUUGUCCUCGAUAUCGAAGAGUGCUGCUUCUUCGAAUUGGGUGCGAUUGGUUAACCUAUGGCAUGAAGCUGUUCGUCUUGCUAAUGGCGUGUUUAAUCCACCGAACGCCAACUCCGAGAAUGGAGACGAACAGCCAGCCAAGAAGCGGAAGCUGGAUUCUCCCAAAUACCAGCACUUGCGACAAAGAUGGGAGAGCUUCGCGACCCAGCUCGGAGAUUUCGAAGCUCAAGUCUCACAAGGCGAUGCCAAAUUCGCCUUCGCCUUUGUUCAGGGUAAAAUUGUGAGAGCCCUGCGAAAUGGCGAAUGGGUUCUUCUGGAUGAGGUUAACUUGGCUUCACCUGAUACUCUUGAGAACAUUGCCAGUCUUCUGCACCACGGCAGUGAAGGAUCACCGUCUGUUCUCCUCUCUGAGGCGGGUGAUGUCGAGAGAGUCUUCGGCCACCCGGAAUUCCGUAUCUUCGGCGCUAUGAAUCCUGCCACGGAUGCUGGAAAGAGAGAUUUACCCCCAGGCCUGCGAUCUCGUUUCACCGAAUUCUAUGUGCACUCACCCGAUAGUGACUUGGACGAUCUCUUGGCCUUGAUCCAGAAAUACCUCGGUGAUUUGACAAUCAGUGAUCAGCGGGCUGUGCCGGAUCUUGCACAGCUGUACAUGGUGACCAAGAAGCUCAGCAACGAGAACAAGCUCACCGAUGGAGCUGGACAACGACCCCAUUUCAGUAUCCGUACCCUUGUUCGUGCUUUGAUUUAUGUCCUUGAUCACGCACAUGUCUAUGGGCUACGCAGGGCAAUCUUUGAGGGUUUCAGUAUGAGUUUCUUAACCGUGUUGAGUUUGAACUCCGAACAGGCUUUGAUCCCUCUGGUUGAGCUUCAUAUCUUUGGCAAUGCGAAGAACGCAAGAUCUCUUCUUGGACAGACUCCUCGUGCACCAACUGAUGGCAAUGAUUAUGUGCAGUUCAAGCAUUACUGGAUGCGCCGCGGUCCUAUGGUUCCGGAGGAGCAACCUCACUACAUUAUCACCCCAUUCAUCGAGAAGAACCUCAAGAAUCUGGUGCGGGCUAGCUCGACUCGGCGAUUCCCUGUGCUGCUUCAAGGUCCAACAUCAGCCGGAAAGACGAGUAUGAUCGAGUAUCUGGCAAAGGUGUCUGGAAACAAAUUCGUACGAAUCAACAACCAUGAGCACACAGAUCUGCAAGAAUAUCUGGGAUCGUAUGUCUCCUCGGACGAUGGAAGCCUGCGCUAUCAAGAGGGUGUGUUGGUGGAGGCGCUGCGGAACGGUUAUUGGAUUGUGUUGGAUGAGCUGAAUCUGGCACCUUCUGAUGUUCUCGAAGCCCUUAAUCGACUGCUCGACGACAACCGCGAGCUUUUCAUCCCCGAGACCCAAGAAGUCGUUCACCCACACCCCAACUUCAUGCUAUUCGCCACGCAAAAUCCUGCUGGUCUGUACGGUGGCCGAAAGGUCUUGUCCCGUGCCUUCAGGAAUCGUUUCCUCGAGCUGCACUUCGAUGAUAUCCCAGAAAGCGAGUUGGAAUUCAUUUUGAAGGAACGUUCUCAGAUCGCCCCCUCCUUCUGCACGCGUAUUGUUGCCGUCUACCGGAAACUGUCCUUACUGCGCCAGUCCAAUCGACUCUUCGAGCAAAAGAACAGUUUUGCCACCCUGCGUGAUCUUUUCCGAUGGGCUCUUCGUGAGGCCGAUGAUCGCGAGCAGCUAGCAAUCAAUGGUUAUAUGCUGCUUGGCGAGCGUGUGCGCAAUCCCCAGGAAAAGGCUGCGGUUAAGGCCGUGAUUGAGGAAGUGAUGAAGGUAAAACUAGAUGAGGACAUUUUGUACAGCUCCACAGAGCUGGAAAAGAACGUUCCUCAGAUGAGCGAACUUCCGGCUGGUAUUGUGUGGACCAAGGCUAUGAGACGUCUUUUCGUUCUCGUUUCUAAAGCCCUUAAGAACAACGAGCCAGUCCUUCUUGUUGGUGAAACUGGUUGCGGUAAGACUCAGCUCUGCCAGGCUGUCGCAGAAGCUUUCCGGCGCGAGUUGUUUAUUGUCAAUGCCCAUGUGAAUUUGGAAACUGGCGACUUGAUUGGUGCUCAACGGCCUAUCCGAAACCGGGCGGCCAUCGAGAAACAGCUUGUCGAUGACCUUGAAAUGCUUCUUCAUGGGCAGUUAACCGGCGCAUCUUUCGAGGAGUUGAAGCAGGAAUUCACAGCAUUGACUGCGGAGCAGCGUCAAGCUAAGGACCAACUUCUUUUGCAAAAGAUCGAAAAGAAUGCUAUUCGUUGCAAUGCUUUGUUUGAAUGGUCUGACGGAAGCCUGAUCACUGCUAUGAAGACUGGUCAAUUCUUCCUGCUCGACGAAAUCUCUCUUGCGGAUGACUCCGUUCUUGAGAGACUUAACAGUGUUCUGGAACCUGCUAGGUCGAUUCUCCUCGCCGAGAAGGGCCCAGUUGACUCUAUGGUCGUGGCAGAUGGCGGAUUCCAGUUCUUGUCGACCAUGAAUCCCGGAGGUGAUUACGGAAAACGUGAGCUUUCGGCUGCUCUUCGCAAUCGUAUGACAGAAAUCUGGGCACCUCAGCUGUCUGAUGAUGAGGAUAUCCUGCCAAUUCUCUCUCAGAGAUUGAACUUGAAGCAGGAGAAUGUGGCCAAAGCUAUGCUCCAGUUCGCCAAGUGGUUCAAAACAACCUUCCAAAACACCUCUACUACUUCGCUCUCCCUCCGUGAUCUGCUUGCCUGGGUUGAUUUCAUCAACACAUGUCAAAGCACGGAUACCCAAUUCGCUAUCAUACAAGGUGCCGCAAUGGUCUUUGUCGAUACUUUAGGCGCUAACCCAGCUGCAAUGCUUGCCAUAUCUCUCAACAAUCUGGAUGGUAACCGUAAAUCGUGCCUUACCAAGCUGAGCGAGUUAUUUAAUGUCGAUGCUUCCAAGAUUUACUGGGAAUCGACCAGUGUCUCCGCAGAACCUGGCGUUCUGCGUGUGGGACCAUUCGCUCUCCCUACGGCUGGCACCGCAGAUCCCGAUCCUCAGUUCACAAUGGAUGCCCCGACUACAAUUGCCAACUCUGUGAGAAUUGCUCGUGGUUUGCAGUCUUCAAAACCUAUUCUCCUGGAAGGAAGCCCAGGUGUGGGUAAGACCACCCUUGUCACAGCUCUGGCAAGAGCUCUUGGCAAGCCUCUCACGCGAAUCAAUCUUUCAGAACAGACAGAUCUUACGGAUUUGUUCGGUUCUGAUGUGCCAGUAGAGGGAGGAGAUGUGGGACAAUUCACUUGGCGUGACGCACCAUUCCUGCGAGCUAUGCAGCGUGGUGACUGGGUUUUGCUGGAUGAAAUGAAUUUGGCUUCGCAAUCUGUCCUUGAAGGUCUCAAUUCUUGUUUGGAUCAUCGACAGCAAGUGUACAUCGCUGAGCUGGACCAAACAUUCAAGAGACACCCCGAUUUCGUUCUCUUUGCCGCUCAGAACCCUCACCACCAGGGUGGUGGCAGAAAGGGUCUUCCUGCAUCCUUCGUCAACCGAUUUACGGUUGUCUAUGCAGACAGCUUCACGGAUGAUGACUUGAAGACUAUUUGCUCCAGACUUUUCCCUGGAAGUCCCGCUCUGCAAACCGAGAGACUUGUCGAUUUCAUCUCUUUGUUAAACCAAGCCAUUACACGCGACCGCCGGCUGGGCGCGGUUGGCGGCCCAUGGGAGGUCAAUCUUCGAGAUAUCCAGCGAUGGCUCCAACUUGCCGACCGAGGAAAUUUGCAGAUCCAGACCAAGCACUUCCUUGACAUCAUCAUCAGCCAGCGAUUCCGAAGCGAAGAGGAUCGUAACUUGGUUUCCCAGAUCUAUGACCGUGUCUUCACGGACUCUGACACUGGAUUGAAGAGUUAUUUCCACAAUCUCACACCUGAGUACUUGCAGGUCGGCUUGAGUAUUCUGACCCGUGAUCCUUUGCUACAGCGCUUGGCCGAGCCGAACAUGAGGAUGCUGCCCAAGGAUCUCCACAUUGUCGAGUCUCUCAUUCUAUGUAUUGAUAACUCCUGGCCGAGCAUUCUAGUCGGACCUGCUGGGUGUGGCAAAACCACUCUCAUCAGAAAGCUGGCUGCUGUGAACGGUGCAAACCUGGUCGAGCUUGCUCUAAGUGCCGACACAGAUACCAUGGAUCUUAUUGGUGGGUUCGAGCAAAUCGAUCACCGCAGAGAGGUUUCAGGCUUUGUUCAUGACAUCGAGAUCUUCUUGCGAAAUCAGCUCAUCCACUGCUUUGCUUCAGGUGAUGUAUCUGAUGUUGUGAUUUCCGCCCUCCGUAUUUGCGAGCAUUUCCAGUCUGCAGACAUCUCGUUGGAGAAUGUCAUUCCCUCGCUCUCCAGCCUUUGUCAGUCUUCUUCUGACCCAGCCUACCAACAAUUCCUCGAUAGAGCACAGAACUUGUUGAAUGCCAUCCAACAAUCUGAUAAAAUGAAGGUUGGAUUUGAAUGGACGGAGGGUGUCCUCACCCAAGCUGUUCAACAUGGACACUGGGUGAUUCUCGACAAUGCCAACCUGUGCAACCCAUCUGUCCUCGACCGAUUGAACUCUUUGACAGAGCCGAAUGGCACACUCAUUCUUAAUGAGCAGCGAACAGAAGAUGGAUCUGCCAGAGUCAUCACUCCCCAUCCAAACUUCAGACUCUUCUUAACCAUGGAUCCCCGCAAUGGUGAGCUCUCUCGUGCCAUGCGAAACCGCUGUACCGAGAUUUGUUUCUUGCCAAGCGAGCUACAAGACAUCAAACCCACUGUGGGCCCGUCGUACACUUGUGAAUCCUUCAUCUAUCGACUUCGCCAUAUUUGGAACUUGGACACCUCAUUGGCACCGUCCACUUUUGAAGAUGCUCUUGAGGUCUGCUUGGAUCAUCUUUCGCCAGCAGAUCUGUCCUAUCUCCAAAAGUCACCAAACAGCUGUGUGGCUAUUGACUCUGAUCACGAAGGAAAGAUGCGGUCAUCCGAUGUGCUGCAGCGUUAUGCCUCUCUGUUCCACGACAACAACCAAUGGAAGCCUCUUGAAAUUGCUACUGGCGAGAUUGUUCUCGGAGGGGCUCACCUUGGUAUCCAGGGAAUGCUACAGCCUCUUCACCCGCUCACAAACGAGCCUCUUCUCGCCAUCGCAGGAACCAGAGAUUUCCGAUCCUGCUUGGUGGUUCUAGCCUAUCUUCAGGAGUUGAGACUUGAUAUUCACCGCCUCAGAGAAGGGUUGAUUCGAGCUGAUGCAUCUGGUAAAGAAUUGAAACCUAGCCAAAUGACACGCUUGGAGCGAUCAUUGGCAUCUGAGCGGAUUCCUGCGCUGAUGAAAGACACGACGCAACCAGUUGCCUCGUUUUUGUCCGAUUGUGGACAGGCUCUGUAUGAUUACAUUCAGUCUUUGGAUCAGAUAUCUCUCAAGGGCCCUGUCAUUGUCGCUGCAAUUCGAGCCGUGACUUGUCUCUGCUGGGACAUCUACAGAGCCACAGAGGUGAGCCAGGUUGAUGAAGGAGAGUUCCAAGUCUACCUACAGAUGGGCCGCAAAAUCUGUGGGUCGUUGCUUGACUCCUCGCCUUUGCUCAAACCACUUCAAGUCGCUCUGUCGCAGGCCUUGGAUCGUUUCCAAGAAGGAUGGGCUUUGACGACCGGUCUUAGCAUGCAGAGAAUAUGGGAUUCCUGGAGACACGUCACUCCUAUUUCUCAGGAUAAGUUGGAUUCCCUGACUGAAUUGGAGUCAACUGUCUUCAAAUUCACAACUUUGGCUUUGCAGACUCGCGUGGAGUUGUCCCAAUUGAGUCGUGUGCGCGAUUCAUUGAUUGAGGCCCAGCGGUUCAUCCUUCGUGAUGGCGCUGAUGGUGAUGUACUUGUUCAGGGCAUCAAACAAACUGUGGCUGAGCUCUCUCAUGCGGUCCGUCGCUCAGAGUCAGCCGAGUAUCCAUACUUCGCCGACGAUUUUGAAGCUCUUUGCCAGUACCACGACAUCUCCUCAUUCUUCCAGAACCCAGUCAAUGAUGCUGUCAUCCAGACAGUCAUGCCACUUCUCGCUGGUCGUACAGCUCGUCCGUUGGACGCAUCGAAUUUCCAGAGCGAUGUGCCAAAUAUUCUCCAUAGAAUCUCACUGUUUGCGGGUUCUUCAAGCAAAUCGGAGUCUGCGUUUGCAACUGGAGGCACUGUCUCUCUGUCACUAUUGAAUAGGUUGACAGCCAUCAGCAAUACGAAAUUGGGGCAGAUGGACAUGCUCGAGGCAGAGAAACAGGCCCUCUCCAAGGCUAUUGCUCUAAGCAGUCAGCAGAUCGCAACAGAUCAAUCUAUGGAUCUCCGACGUACUAUCGCGAAACUCACUGCCGAACUGGUGGGUUGUCAUAGGGAGUUCUUCGAGCCUCGUUCGGCAGAGCAUCUCAUCUCGAUUCUGCAGGCAAUUCAAAAUGGGGAUCUUUGCGUUGACCAACCAUCUGUCAAAGUUGAAUUGGACCAAAGCUUGCCAAAUGCGCACUUCCUUAAGCCUCUCGCUGAGCAGGCUCUGCCAGCUCUUGUUUCCUCCUUGCGGACGAAGCCAUCAAACCAGCAGCAGAGUAUCCGAAGCACUGGACUGGCAGCGGUUCAAUUGGCAGUCAUCCUACUGCGGUUGUUUGUGCCCGACAAAACCUUUGACCCUUCACUCGGUCUUGUCGUUCAGCGCAAACGUCAUUCUCAACGUCUUCAAGAAUUCACUGCCAAAUCUGCAGCAAUCCUUGCCUUUGAAAAGACUUUCACUGGCCAAGUUUCCAACCUCCGCUCUGAGCUUUUGCAUGAUGAGAUUCGCGAUUUGGGUUCCGCUCCGCCCCCUUCACUGGUCAAUCGGCCCCAGCAGUCGCAGUUGAGCCUCUUGCAAGGAGAAUUCAUCAAUUUGAUCAACUCUGUUCUCAAGAGAGAUCCCGAGCAAAUGAUCCUGUCUGCUGAAUCUUCAUCAGAAUCUCAGGAUAUGAUCCAACUGCUCCGCAAUAACAUCAAACAAUUGACCAGCCGUCUCAGCACUCAUUACAGAUCUUAUGACGAUAUCACUGUGCCGGUUGUUCGUUUCUUGCAGCUUCUAGACCUUGGUGUCAUCUUGGCUUCUAGCCAACCAGAAAACUCUGGCGAUAUCCUCGAUAUUCAGGCUUUGAGUGAGCGAACACCAUUCUUAGGUGGAAUCGUUCAUCCCGUCUUUGCUCAAAAAGAUGAGAAGCCUUCAGGCACCUCGAAGAAUGCAAACGAAAUGCGUCUCCAAGAACUCUCGGCCCUCUGGGCAGCCAAGGAUGCGGAUUCCACAAUCCUGGAUACGCAAGCUGGGCGGGAAAUCAUUCGUCGCAUUUUUGCCGACUUCCAUCAACUUUGGAAAGCCAAGCUCGAGGAAGAUCGGGAAAUGGAAGCCGAGAAGGGAGAGCUAUACCGCUUCAAGGGAUCCUGGGAAGAGGAAGAAGAAGUCAACGAAGCUGAGCUACACGAACUCUUCCCUACCUUCGAUGAAGAGUCUGCUGAAGACACAGGGAACGGUGAUCACACUGAGCGCAUUGACCCCAAAGCUAUCUCUCUGCGCCUUGCUUCGCUUCAUGCAAAGAUCCUCUCGAAGGGCCAUAAUGGUGCUGCAUUGACUACAUUCGUUAAACAAUCAGGACAGCUUUUGGGCUCGAUCUGGUCUGACAACAAGACCUCAUUGUCGCCAAUUUCACCCCAAACCCAUCUUCCUGCUGUUCUCCUGCUUCUCGACGAUGCCAUAGGCGAGGGAACCGAUGACCGAAAGAAGAAUUACAACUUCUACACCGACUCGAAUCUUGGAGAAGCAAGAAAGCUAGUCGCUCUCACGCUUUCCGUACAGGCCCGCUUUGCUCAAAUCCAGACUGCCUGGCCUGAACAUGCUGUUCUGGCUGAUGUCAUCCAAUGCUGCAUGGAGAUCCUUCAAUUCAAGCACACCGAGCCUGUUGCUAAGUUUAUGACCAAGGUUGAAAAGCUUCAUUCUUACGUGCACGAGUGGCAGACUGUGGCUAGCAGAGAAUACUCCGCUGUCACUGUCUAUGAUGAGAUUACAAGUCUCCUCAUCAGCUGGCGCCGCCUUGAGUUAUCGACUUGGGCCAAGCUCUUGGAUAUCGAGAAAGAGCAUUGUGAGGACGAGGUCAGUGCUUGGUGGUUCAUCGCCUACGAAGCGCUUAUCGGCGCUCCCAUCAUGAUGGUCGAGGCAGGCGAACAGGAUAUGACCGAACACACCCAAAACUUGGUUUUGACCCUGGAACAAUUCUUCAAGUCUACCACCAUGGGCCAGUUUGCUCGCCGUCUGCAGCUGGUUGCUAACUUCCAAGCAUUGCUUGAAUUGUUCACCAAAGAUUAUCCCUGCCUCAAACAACUCGUCUCUGCCCUAGACAACUUCCUGCACCACUAUGGACCCUUCCAGCCUGGCGUGGACAAGUAUCUGACGGAGAAGCGGUCCGCUCUCGAGAAGGAUAUCAAGGAACAAAUCCAGCUUGCAAGCUGGAAAGAUGUCAACAUUGUGGCUUUGAGGGAAAGCGCCAGAAGAUCGCAUGUCAAGUUGUUCAAGCUGGUUCGAAAGUACCGUGCUGCCCUCAGCCAGCCGGCUCAAUCGGUCUUGGAGUCAGGCCUUCCGGAAAGCACCGAGGAGAUCACUUCAAUCUCUCAAGCAGAGCCAGUCCGUCCCACCGCCGCCUUCCCUGAAGCAAUGGCCAUCUGCCAAAACGACAAGAAGCUGUGGUCCACCAGAGCGCUCAGAUUCCAGAAACCGGAUGGAACGGCCAACAACAUGAUGAACCUGUAUACUUCAAUCCCAGCCGAGUUCGACAUUGCGAAGGACCUCAACAGCUUUAUCGUAUCUGUGAUUGAGAGCAUGAAUGAGUUCAAGUCCAAGACACCCAAGGUUUUGAACGAGGAUAACAAGGAGGACGUUCAGCACCUCAAGUCCCAAAAACGUCGUCUCUAUGCCGAGACCCUGAAGCAGCUGUACGAGAUGGGCGUGAAGCGUAACGCUGGAACUAGCAUCAUCGAGACUCAAGCAACAGUCCCGCAGGUUCUCGCUACUAGCGCUGCCUUCGAGGCUGGUGCUGCAACCUCAACUGCAGUUCAGAGCGCCGACUGGUACUUCCACAGACUUUUGGAUCUCCUUCCCAAAACCCGCCUGGCAUCUCGCAACUAUUCUGAGGAGCUAAGCAAUGUCGAAGUUCACAGAAGCAUGGGAUCCAUUGAGCAUCUUGUCUUCACCAUCCGCCGCCAGAGAGGUAUCAUUUCGCCCGCCCUCACCGGCUUGGGCAAGUUGAAGUCUACGCUUGACAAGGUGCAGAACCUUUGGACAGCGGCUUCGAACUCUCUGUCGCACGAUCAUGCUUCUGCACUGGAAGAGCGAACCAACCUUUUCAGAAUCGUCGCUUGGCUGGCUCCUAUCCUUGGCUUGGCUGCUAUGGUCAUUGGCGUGCAUGCUAAGUUCUCGGGUAUUGAUGCAUCCAAGAUCGUGGAACAACUACGCGCCCAUAAGGCAUCAUUCGAUAGCCUGCGCAAGUCACACGAAGAGCUUCCCAUGCUUCCCACCAGAAUUGCGUCCAAGGCUCACCACGAGAUUGCUCAGCAGACACGAUCGUCGCUUGACGAGUUGGCCGCUGACAUGCAAAAGUGGAACCAAGCCCGCCCCGAUCUGUCCUUCGCGCUGAAUCAAAUCACACCUUGGGCCACAGCAAAUGUUGCUGCUCUCACGGAAGUCAAUGAGGAGAAUAGCCUAUCCAUUAAAGCCUUCGACAGCAGCCUUUUGACUGCCAUCGACAAAAUGCUCAUUGGUCUUCAGAAACUGAAGGAUGUGCCUGCUGCGAUCACCUAUGAUGGAUUGCUUUCGCGAAGUGAUGAGUUCUUCUCUCGUGGAAUCAAGUCUGUCCAUCUCGCCGAGAUCACCGCCGCAUUAGAGACUGUGCUUGAUUCAUUGCACCGCCUACAAGACCACUCCGCUGGCGGCCUCUCCGUUGCUGCUGCACUGAUCACCAGUAUCCUGCCCAUCGCCAACAGAUACUACCAAAUCUGCCGGGAUCUGGCUGAUCGGUUCAUCGCAGUUCAUCGCGAGGUCUGUAAGACAUCCUACAUCUUGACCAAGACCUUCAACCAGGUCGCCUCCGAAGGCUUCUGCAGCCCUGCCGAGGCAUCCCAAGAUCAAGGCAAGGAAGGCAAAAUGGAGAGUGGAACAGGUCUUGGUGAAGGCGAAGGUGCGGAAGAUAUCAGCAAAGAUGUCGGUGAUGACGAAGAUCUAUCCGAGUUGGCGCAACAGGAGAACAAGAAAGAGGAUGGUGACGAUGAGAUGGAAGAUUCCAAGGAUGCUGUCAACAUGGAUCAGGAAGAGUUGGAAGGUGACGCCGAAGAUCGCAAGGACGACGAAGAAGAGAAUGAUGAAAGUGACGACGAAGGCGAUGACGAUAUCGACGAAGAGACUGGAAGUGUCGAUGACCUCGACCCAGGUGCUGUCGAUGAAAAGCUCUGGGACGGGGAGAACGAUGAUCAGCAGAAGGACACCGAGAACGAAGAAGGCAAGGGCCAGUCAGAGGCCGAACAACAAGCUGCUGCUCAGGAAGAGAAGAGCAACAAGGAUGGUGAAAAGGGCGAAGAAAAAGAAAAGGAAGGAGAGGAUGAGGAAGAGGAGGAAACAGAUGAUGAAGAAGCCCCCGAAGACGAGGGCGAGGCAAUUGGCCGUGAGGAAAUGGAUGUCACCGAUCCUCAAGCAAAGGAAGAAGAAACACUUGAGCUUCCCGAAGAAAUGCAACUUGAUGGUGAGGACGGCAAGGACGACAAUGGCGAGGAUGAGGAUGAAGGCAUGGACGAUCUUGAUGACGAUUUUGGUCCUGCUCCCGAGGAAGAAGGGAAGGUCGAAGAUGCCGAUGACAAUGCCGGCGAAGAAGAUGCCGAGGCGGCACCAGAUGACCAAGUCCCAGGCGAUGAAGAUGAAGAGAUGGCCGAUGAUGCGGAAGAUACCAAUGAAGCCGAAGCCGGAGGAGAAGAAGAGGAAGAGGAAGCUGGUGGAGAAGACCCCGAGGAGCCUGAGCAAGAUGACUUCCUCGCACAGCGUGAUGAGAAUGACGCUGCAGGUGACAAUGUCGCUCCUAGUGAAGCUGUCACUGGUGGCCUUGGAGCCGAGCAAGACCAAAAUGAAGAAAAGGGUGCUUCGGGUGACGCUCAGCAGGAGAGCGGCUCGACCGAUCCCAGUGCCAACGUUGACGACCAAACCGGUGCCGCCAAGGACAGCGAGGAGAGCAAGCCUAGCCGAGACGCUGGUGGUGGUGAUGAAAACCGACCAGACGAACCUCAGAUGCAGGCAUUCAAGAAGCUCGGCGAUAUCCUCGAGCAAUGGCACCGAAGACAACAGGAGAUCCUCAAUCCGUCCCAAGAGGAAGAGGAUACUCAGAAGAUGCCCGAAGACACCGACAUGGCCGAUGCGGAGUUCGAGCACCUCAAGGACGACGACGAUGCCGCAGACACCCAGGCUCUUGGACAAGCAAACGAGGAUCAAACCCAAGCCCUCGAUCAAAGCAAGGGUGUAGAGUCUGACAUCAAGCCUGGUGAGAACGAUGCUCUCCCAGAUGUGUCGGACGAGCAGCAAGAGGCCGUGGACAACCAGCUUGAAGAUGAGAUGCAAAUCGACCGUGAAAAUGUCGCGGCUGACAACGAGUCCGCCGGCGCCUUCAUUCCUGGCGGCCAAUCAUCCCACGAGCGCACAGAUGAUGCACAGGGCGCUGAGGAGUUGAACGAGGAGCUCGACGAAGUCGACUCGCAACUCGCGGCAAUCCACCUCUCUUCUUCGCUUCCCCCAUUGACCCCACAAGACGAAGCUCGCCGCCUCUGGUCGCACUACGAGUCCGCCACAAAUGACCUCUCCCUCUCUCUGACCGAACAACUCCGUCUUAUCCUCGCGCCCACGAUGGCUACCAAGCUGCGCGGUGACUUCCGCACCGGAAAGCGCCUGAACAUCAAGCGCAUCAUUCCAUACAUCGCGUCUCAGUACAAGCGUGACAAGAUCUGGAUGCGCCGCUCUAUUCCCUCCAAGCGCAACUACCAGAUCAUGUUGGCCGUGGACGACAGUAAGUCCAUGCUGGAAAGCGGCAGUGGUCAGCUCGCCUUCGAGACCUUGGCUCUCGUUGCGAAGAGUCUGAGCAUGCUGGAAGCAGGCGACCUGUGCGUUCUCGGCUUCGGUAACGAAGACCACGUCCGCGUCGCCCACGAAUUCGGCAAGCCUUUCUCCUCCGAGGCAGGUUCCCAGGUCUUCCAGCAUUUCAGCUACCAGCAAACCGGCACUAAUGUGCGCAAGCUGAUCGCCGACUCUAUCGCUCUCUUCCGCGAGGCUCGCUGGAAGCGCUCGCCUGGUUCUGGCUCUGCUGAUCUCUGGCAGCUUCAGUUGAUUAUCUCUGAUGGUAUCUGCGAAGACCAUGACACUAUUCGCCGCCUUGUUCGACAGGCGCUUGAAGAGCGCAUCAUGGUUGUCUUUAUUAUCGUCGAUGCUGUUAAGGGUAGCUCUAUCUUGGAUCUCUCGCAAGCUAGCUUUGAGGCCGAUCCUAAUUCUGGUGGUGAGAUGAAGCUCAAGAUGAAGCGCUACCUCGAGCACUUCCCCUUCCCUUACUACCUCGUUGUUCGUGAUGUGAGGGAGUUGCCCUCUGUUUUGGCUACUGCACUGAAGCAGUGGUUUGCCGAAGUUGUGGAUGUGUCGUCUUGA